UGAAAAUGAAACUAUGCUGCAAUAACCCGACUGCACUUCAUAAACUUAGUUCAACAUGGGGGACAUUUAUCAAAUUCAGGUUGUUGGUUUUAGGGGAGAAAAGAAAACCGUCGACGUUGCAACCUCUGAAGAUGAUUUCAACAAAACAACUAUUUCGGCUUUCAAAGAAAAGCUCGUGGUGAAGUUUCCGGAGCUUAAAGGUUCGGAAUUCAGAAUGAUGUUCACUGAUAUCCAGCUUCAGGACUCCGACACUUUCUCCAUGCGCAAGAUCCAGAAUAAAUCCACAAUCUUCCUGAUCGUCCGCAUGCCGGGAGGAGCCCCCCCCCACACACACACACACACACACACACACAAUGCGGGGUGAAGAGAGGAGAGUCCGGAACAGCUGCACUGAACACCCGGACUGAACAUGCAGAGACUUUUAAUCAUAUCUUUCCUGUCUUUUACGUUAGCAUAGAAAACAAUGUAAAAAAAUAAUGUUAAAGAAAUAAAGUAGUCUUACACGUUU